AAAAGCAGAGAGAUGUGUUUUUAUGUGUUGUUUUUUACUUUAGAAGAACAAACAAAGAAUUGAUGUAUUACUCCUACUCGGCUGUAAUCCAGAGGCUUCGUUUCAUGGCAUCCAAACCCCACCACCUCCUCCCCCUACCAAAAACAGCAGCAGCAGCAGCAACAACAACAGUUGCAGCGAAGAGGGCAAGGACAAUGACAACUGACUCUUCCUCUUCCUCUUCCUCACCCAUCAAAGACGCUUUCACCAAAUACACCCAAUACCUCAACACCCUCAAUGAGAAACGUGAAAGAGUUGUGAAAGCAAGUCGUGACAUCACCAUCAACAGCAAAAAGGUCAUAUUUCAGGUGCACAGAAUCAGUAAACACAACAGAGAAGAAGUUUUGGAGAAGGCAGAAAAGGACUUGAAAGCUGUGACAGAUCAGUAUAUUUCUCGACUUGUGAAAGAACUGCAUGGGACUGAUUUCUGGAAGCUAAGACGAGCAUACUCACCUGGGGUACAAGAGUACAUUGAAGCUGCAACAUUCUGUAGCUUUUGCAAAAGUGGGAAUCUUUUGACUCUUGAUGAGAUAAAUGCAACUUUGUUAUCUCUUAGUGAUCCAUCUCUUGAGCCUUUGCAAAUUAAUGUCCUUGACUAUCUCUUGGGGCUUGCGGACUUGACUGGAGAGCUGAUGCGGUUGGCAAUUGGCCGAAUAUCAGAAGGUGAACUUGAAUUUGCUGAGAAGAUAUGCAGGUUUGUACGUGAUAUCUACAGGGAGCUGACUCUUCUUGUGCCACACAUGGAUGAUAGUUAUGAUAUGAAGACAAAGAUGGAUACAAUGCUCCAAAGUGUGAUGAAAAUAGAGAAUGCAUGCUUUAGCGUUCAUGUGAGAGGAUCAGAGUACAUUCCACUACUCGGAUCCAGUGAUCCAAGUUCCUUCUUAUUGGGGGUGCCUGAUAUUGAACUAUGAAUUUUCCCUGUCUAAAGAGGAAAAGAUUUUCUUCCAACGAGAAAUUGAUCAUGGAACCUGACUACAUGUCCAUAUGCCCGCUGAUUUCAUCAAUUCUCCCUUUUCUAGUUACAAUGAAAGAGGAGGAAAAAGGAUUUGCUUUAUUGCUUGAAUUAAUGAGUUCCUUGGCUUUGCUUAGUGAAGAUAGUUGUUUUACUUUUCUCUCAUGAAUAAAUGGCAGAUUUGGAGAAAUUUAAUUUGCCAUUACCCUUUCAUAUGCAGUACUAAUGUGCCUUGUGUUGUUACACCAUUUGUUUGGAGGGAAUGGGAGAGGAGGAAAAGGGAGGGGAUUGGAUUGACAAAUUGUUGGGUAGAAAAAGAGUAGGGAGGGGGGGUGGUCUAAUGGGAAUCCAAUGAACCUUUAGUUCUAAUGGUACUUUUUUAGUUUUUACUCCUGUAACAAGGGGAUUAAGGAUAAUAUUGUGGAUUCAUGACUUACACGAGUCGUGUAUAACUUAAACUUAGCAUAGUUGUGUAAAAUUCAAAUUUUAUUUUCA